ACAUCAAUUCAUCGCAUCAUAAUGAAAACAAUCCUAAAAGCAUUAGGAAAUGAGCACAUACUAUUCACACGUACGCCUUUCCUUCACAAGGAAAACGUCACAAGUCUAUGUUGAUUUAAUACUGCGUUGACUUUUUCCCUCAAAUCGGGGGUGAAAACACGUUCAUUAAUAUCUAAACAUCUUAAAACGUAUGUUUAAAGAGAAUAGGUUCAGGAUUGUAUAGAUAUUUUUAAAGCUUACACUAAAGACGUACAGAUAUCGAUCGGUCCAGCGCGCAGCAUCGCGCAGUCUCCGCCCCUAGUAUCCGAGCCGAGCGGCUAAACCCACAGAAAAUACCUUAAAAAUGAUAAAACCCAACCAAAAAUAACCCUACACCCCUUUAAAACACCCAAAAAAACAAAACACAGUGAUCGUUAAAAGUGUUCAAAUAAAGAACCGAAGUGUAUAAAGAAUGAACGUUCGAAAAUUAUAAAAUGGCCGCUCGGUCGGAGUAGGAUAAUUUUAGCAUACUUAGUAAAGAAGUCUUCCAAUAGAUUUAAGUGUGUAUUAUAAGUGUUGAUCAGUCUUCCAAGGUAGUCAAGAUGAAUUUGGGUAGGUUUAAGUUGCCCCCGAUCAAGAAUGCUUUAGAAGUGGCUAUGCAGACGGUGAGGCAGCAAAUGCCUGAUAAGCCUGGACCACCGCCUCGACCACCGCAGGCGGUUAGAUUCGCCAAUCAGGAUAUGGGUGAGAGCUGUGAGCUAUCAACGAUGAACGAAACCACGUCCCCCUCGUAUCAAUCGACGAAUCCAACCAAUCCAUUUCUCAGCGGUGACCUGCAGGCUGAGGAUUCAUUCACCAGCUAUCAGAAUACAUUUCCUCAGCAGGAGGCACCAAGGACUCAAAGUAUGCAGAGCGUGGACUUCUAUGCUUCAUCAGAAGAGGGUGGUUUUGAAGAAGGCGGCGGCAAGCCAGGUUGCAAGAUCAAUGAGUUCCAAGCAGCUUGGAACGUUACCAACGCUAUUCAGGGCAUGUUCGUAGUAUCCCUGCCGUUCGCCGUCCUCCAAGGCGGCUACUGGGCCAUCGCAGCCAUGAUCGGCAUCGCGCACAUCUGCUGCUACACCGGCCGCAUCCUCGUCGAGUGCCUCUAUGAGGACGACCCCGCCACGGGCCGCCGCGUCCGCGUACGUGACUCCUACGUCAGCAUCGCCAAGGAGUGCUUCGGCCGCAAAUAUGGUGCUAGGAUCGUUAACAUUGCUCAAAUCAUUGAACUUGUCAUGACCUGCAUUCUUUACGUCGUUGUCUGCGGCGAUCUGAUGAUCGGAACCUUCCCUGAUGGCUCCAUCGACACACGCUCUUGGAUGAUGCUCACUGGCAUCUUCCUUCUACCUUUGGCUUUCUUGAAAUCUCUUCAAAGCGUCAGUAUGCUGUCCUUCUGGUGCACCAUGAGCCAUUUAAUCAUCAACGCUAUUGUGCUUGGCUACUGUAUGCUGUACAUCGGAGAUUGGGGCUGGGGUAAAGUCAAGUGGAGUCUAGAUUUCGAGAACUUCCCGAUAAGUCUGGGUGUGAUCGUAUUCUCUUAUACGUCUCAAAUAUUCCUCCCUACUCUAGAAGGCAACAUGGAGGAUCCAGGCAAGUUCGAGUGGAUGCUAAAGUGGUCUCACAUCGCGGCUGCCGCUUUCAAGUCCGUGUUCGGAUACAUGUGCUUCCUGACAUUCCAAAACGAUACUCAGCAGGUUAUAACUAACAAUCUCCGCUCUUCUGGAUUUAAGGGACUUGUGAACUUUUUCCUGGUGGUCAAAGCUAUUCUAAGUUACCCUCUGCCGUAUUACGCUGCUUGCGAUUUGUUGGAACGUGCUCUGUUUAGGGGUAGGCCUAAGACACUAUUCCCUGUGAUCUACGCUUUAGAUGGGGAGUUAAAAGUUUGGGGGCUAGCUUGGCGGCUGGGUGUUGUGAUGUUCACGGUCUUGAUGGCGAUAUUUAUUCCACACUUCGCUAUUCUUAUGGGCUUCAUUGGAAGCUUCACUGGUACUAUGUUGAGCUUCAUAUGGCCGGCUUAUUUCCACUUGAAACUGAAAGGGCCAUACCUGGACAGCCAGACAGUCGCUUACAACUACUUCAUCAUAUGUUUAGGGGUCCUCUUUGGAGUUAUCGGCAUGUACGACUCGGGUUCAGCUUUGAUCAAGGCUUUCAAGAUCGGUCUUCCGUUCUAAAUUUGAAUAAGUAGUUUUAGAUAAUUGUUGAACUAUUUUUAGAUAAUCGCAGACUUCAUAAGUACGGUUUUGUCGACGAAAAGGUUCAUAAUGUUUAACGAGUAAUCAUUUAGAGAUGUGAUGGAUAAUGUUUGUAUUCUAGAUCUGUUUAGUGUUUAAGAAUGCAAAGCUAAUUUUUCCGUUAUAAAAUGUUGUUCACGUUGUCUUCCAAUUAAUUAUACGGUUAAAGUAAAAGAUUAGGAAAUUGAAGUAAUAGGUAAUAAUUAAUCCAAGGUCUUCCAAAAUGCUUGAUUUUUCGAUGUUAUUUAACAACGAAGUCUUCCAAUUAUUGAUAAACUGACUAGCUGAUAAUUGCUUAUAUUAUAUUUGAAGCAGAUCUAUUAUUAUACAUAAUUAUAAUGAUAAAACUUAACAAGACUUCAGAAUUGUACUAAUUUUUAUAGGCUUUAAGAAUUAUUUAUGUGACAGCCAAAAAGUACACGUAGAAUUAUAACAAUGCACGUACUGAGAUAUCUUGGAACCAAGUGCCAAGAAGAUGAAAUUUCAUUGACAGCAUUUAUACAGCGUGUAAUAAGAAUGGACAAUAUAAUUCGAAAACCGUUUUUUUAUUGAAGUUAAGGAAAGAAUAUCACGAAGUUUUAAACAUUCUGUCAUGUAAUAUCUACUAAGUGUACUUGUACUUUUUAAGUUUGCCAACUUAAAUACAAUCUCCAUUUAAAUGAAAGUAUUAUCAGAUAGUGAAGGUACACUAGCUAGUACAUACAUGCAAUACUGUAUGUGAUAUAUAAUUUUGCAUACCAGGAAAUGUGAUACAUACAAAACUGUACACAAAUAUACAAGGCGUCGGAUCUAUAAUGAGGAAAACUUAAUAAAAUAUAAUGCACAUUUAGUCGAGAUAUCUCAGAACAUAUACCAAACGUUUGUAAAAAAUAUCAUAGUAGGUAUUUCCUAGACUUAUUUCUAAGAUUGCACCGUUCCUAGCAUUAAUUUAAAAUAUUACUUUUAACUAUAGAAAACACAUUUGUGUCGCUUAACUUCAAACCUGGGUAAAUCCAUUCUGCUUUAAGGUUGAAUAUAUAAAAAAUAUAAUAUGAU